UGAUAAAAUUGUCAAGUGUACACUGUACGAAGAUAAGCAGAGAUAAUUUGUAUACACUGAAUCAUAAGAGAAGAUGAAUGAAUGAAUGAGUUUAUGACUGGAGGUGAAGUAUAAAAAGAGAUAAAAAACGUGAUCAAGAUGAUGACAAGGAUGAGAUUAAUGAUGAUGAACUGGAGAAUGAAGAUCAACUUCAGGCUCAUCCGACUUUUCAUGAUCUUCAUCUAUAUCAUAGGAACCGUUCUUGUCAUAGUUCAUCAGUUCGAAGCAAGCUCCAGACCUCGGGAGGAAUUAAUGCUUGGACAGAUUCAUCCCAAAAACCUAGAUCCAUCAAAGUUUAUUGUUGUUGGAGAAAGUAUGAAGGAUUUUCGAAGAGGUGGAUUUCAGGAUGACUCAAUCCCUGACUCUGUUCGUGAAUUUGAGAAAGGGUUUGAAGAUGGGGUUGGAGAGAAGGGGAACGGAGUUCAUCUAACAGGAGAAGAGAAGGAGAGAGGGGACAAGUUAGAGAAAAUUUGGGCUUUCAACAAGGUGGCGAGCGAUAAAAUAUCCUUAUGGAGGUCACUCCCAGACAAGCGUACUACACAAUGUCGCAAACUCAAAUAUACAGAAGAUUUACCUUCGAGUUCAGUAAUAAUAAUCUUCAACAAUGAAGCUCUCUCUGCUCUUCUGAGAACAGUUUGGAGUGUUCUGGACCGAAGCCCAGCAGAUAUUCUAAGAGAGAUUAUCCUUGUUGAUGACUCCAGCAAUCAUACUGAUAUUAGUGAGGUACUCCCUCUUUACAUCAAGCAUAGACUCCCACCUAAGGUUGGCUUGGUGAGAACUCCCUCACAGCUGGGAUUAAUCAGGGCCAGAUUGACUGGAGCUGAGGUCGCUACCGGAGAUAUUCUGGUUUUCCUAGAUUCACAUUGCGAGGCAACAACAGGAUGGUUAGAACCGAUGGCUCAACGGAUCCUGGAAGAUCCCACGGUUGUCCAGAUUCCCAGGAUUGAUAUGAUCGACGCCUCGACGAUCUCCUACUACGGAGGAGGAGGAGGGGACGUGUCUGUCGGAGGGUUUACCUGGAGCGGUCAUUUUACCUGGGAAUCUCAACCCGCUGAGGUUCGUAAGACCCGUAAACCAACAGAUCCUGCUAAAACUGCUACUAUGGCUGGAGGUUUAUUCGCAAUACAAAGGGAAUUCUUCUGGAAGAUCGGAGGAUAUGAUGAGGGAAUGUCAGGUUGGGGAGGAGAGAACCUUGAGUUGUCCUUCAGAGUUUGGAGAUGUGGUGGUAGCAUGGAGAUUCAUCCUUGUAGUCAAGUUGGACAUAUUUUCAGACCUUUUCAUCCAUAUUUUAUCCCCCACGACAGCCAUGGGAUAAACACAGCAAGGAUGGCUGAAGUCUGGAUGGACGAAUUCAAGAGAUUUUUCUACAUGCAUCGAAAUGAUCUGAAAGGAAAAGAUAUUGGAGAUUUAUCAGAGAGAUUUGCAAUUAUAGAUAGAUUACAGUGUAAAUCUUUCCGUUGGUUCCUUGAAACAGUUUAUCCUCAUAAAUUCAUAAUGGAUGAACAAUCUUUAGCAUAUGGCAGGGUGAGAAAUAAAAAUGCGGGCAAAGAAAUAUGCAUCGAUCAUCUUCAAAGAGAUAUGGCGCACAAACUAAGCAGCUACAUUCUUGGAGAAUAUCCCUGUCAUCCCUUCCUUGGAGAUUCCCAGUAUUUUUCUCUCAGUAAGAAAGGAGCGCUAAGGAAUGAAUAUAUGUGUGGCGAGGUCACCAAGAACAAGGUCAAUGAUGUUUUGAAGAGUCAGGUUCGGAUGACCGCAUGUCGGAUUGAGGGUGGAGGAAACCAAGAGUGGGAGCUAAACAGUAUCGGACAAAUAAGACACCUGGAGUCAAAUCUAUGCCUGGACAGUGGUUCUCAGAUACCCGGAGAAGAACUAUCCAUGAAUGUAUGCAGCACAACAUCUUCACAGAUCUGGACUUUUGAAUUCUACGCAGAGGGGAAGGAAGGAUUAAAACCGUCAAUUUAGAUAAAAAAUCUAACGAUUAGGAAAAAUGAAUUAUGCAGGGGCAAUGUAAGUAACAGUUUCCAGUAAAGUUUAAAGUUUCUACUUCCUUCGUAAUCUGCAAUAAAAGAAACUGAGCAUGAGUACAUCAAGAUAUUUUAUGAGAAUUUGUAAUAAAUCAAUUAUUUUUCUGUCAAUUUAUUGAACUUAGAAAAAACAUAUAAUCUAUUUCAAAAUCCCUGAUAAGUGUCAGUUUAAACCUAGAAAUAUUUAAGAAUGAUAAACAAUUUCUGUUACUUAUUGACAGGUUUUCAUAGGUCUACUAUUAUUUCUAGAAAUUAAACAAAAAAUAUUUUUUCAACUAGUUCGAGUUAAGUUAUCGCAAUAACCAUAUCAAAAAA